UCGUCGACCAUUGAUGGUAUAGCUGCAAUCUCUUUUACUUCUACAGCUCUUCAUCUUUCGGCUUUCUUCGCACCAAAACUUCCUCCAUAUUCUCUCCCCUCUCUUUAAUCCGACGGUCUUCUUUGGAGUUUAUAUUAUUGGAUCGACGAUGAUGAAUCGAAAGGGAGGCACGGGAAGCCCGCAGCGCAGCUCCAAGCUGUUCGACCUGUUCAACGCCGACCCCAUGAUCCAGUCCGAGGACGAGCUCUGCACCGGCGCCGGUGCCGGCGGCGACACUGCCCCUUCCGCCGCCGUCAGCCCCGGGUACUCCUCCGACCGCAACCCAACCAGCACCGGGGCUUCGCCCUACAACCUGUCCCCGUGGAGCCCCGGGGCUGUCUCCCCCUUCGCCAAAUCGCCGUGGGCCUACCUUCCCCUCCUGUCUGAGGAGGCGCUGGCUGACCCCGCCGCCACCGGCCUCGUUGGAUCGCUCGUCCGCGAGGAGGGUCAUGUCUACUCCCUCGCCGCCGCCGGGGACCUGCUCUACACUGGCUCCGAAAGCAGGAACAUCCGCGUCUGGAAGGGACGUCGAGAGAUGUCCGGGUUCAAGUCCAGCAGCGGCCUCGUCAAGGCUAUUAUAGUCGCAGGUGACAGGAUCUUCACCGGCCACCAGGACGGGAAGAUCCGGAUAUGGAAGACCUCGUCGACGAACCCGGCCGUCCCCAAGAGAGUGGGGACGCUCCCAAGGCUCAAGGACUUCUUGAAGAGCUCCAUCAACCCGUCCAACUACGUCGAGGUGCGGCGGCACCACAAGACCGUGUGGCUUCGGCAUUUCGACGCGGUUUCUUGUCUCAGCCUCGACGAAGAGGCCGGGAUAUUAUACUCUGGGUCGUGGGAUAAGACGGUGAAGGUGUGGAGGGUGUCGGACUCCAAGUGCCUAGAAUCCAUCACGGCGCAUGACGACGCUGUCAACGCGGUGGCGACCGGGUUCGGCGGGUUUUUGUUCACGGGGUCGGCGGACGGGACGGUGAAGGUGUGGCGGAGGGAGGAAACGGGGAAGGGAGGACCCACCAGGCACGUGCUGGUGCAGACGCUGCUACGGCAUGAGGCCGCGGUGACCUCGGUGGCGGUGGCGGAAGCGGCGGGGGCGGUGUACUGCGGUUCCUCGGACGGGGUGGUGAACUACUGGCGAUGGGAAGGCUGGCGGCGCCAGCUGACGCACGGAGAAAGGCUCCGCGGGCACCGGAUGCCGGUGCUCUGCCUCGCUGCGGCCGGGAGCCUGGUGGUCAGCGGGUCCGCGGACAUGACCUUGUGCGUCUGGCGGAGGGAGGAGGCGGGCGGCUACGGGGCCCACGCGAAGCUGGCGGUGUUCGCGGGGCACGAGGGGCCCGUGAAAUGCCUGGCGGUAAAGGCGGAAGACAACCACGCAGACGGAGCCUGCGGUGGGCCACGGUACGUGGUGUACAGCGGGAGCCUGGACAACUCGGUCAAGGUAUGGCGGGUGUCGGAAUGGGACACCGCGCGGGGAAAGACGCCGGAGCAGGGACCGGCAGAAGCGGAGCCGUCGUCUCUGCGCUCGAGAGGCGGCGGAGCAGGGGCGCCCGUGGCGCAGCGGCAGAGCUACGGUGCGGUUAGAAACCCGACGGUGGGCCACGACGUCAAGGGCGGGCCUCCGCCAGUGCGGGCGGCAGCAUGAGCGCACUUGCGGACAGCGUGGCCUGCUUGAUUUAUGUACAUCCCAAUUCUACAUAGCAAAGCAUAAAAAAUAAAUGUUAUUUUUUGUAUUUGAC